AUGAAUACAUUAAGGUGUUUGACACAAGCACUAUCCAAAAGUGGGAGAGAAGCUCCAAAACUAUAUCAGAAAGUAAUAUUUCCAGGCCUGUUCAGAGAGGGUAUACCAAUUGCAAAUGUCAAGAAAGUUGAUGAAAAAAUAAUAGAUAGCCCAACAUCAACGUCAGUUAAUGGAGAGGCAAAAAAAAUAGUACGGCAUGGUGUGAAGUAUGAAAGGGAGCAAGUUAAGGAAUACCUUUCAAGCCUGCCGACUUUAACGCUUUCUAGGAAACAAAUUAGGGAUGACUAUGAUGAGGAACGUGCAAAACGAAUGUAUAUGUUCUCUAAACAAACGAAUUCCUCGAAUAAAUUCCAGAAACUUCUUACAGCAAAGUCUCAAGAGUUUACUAGAGAACUAUUGACGCUACUGAUAGAUUGCACAUCGAAUGAGAAGAAUUCAGGGCCAGAACGCUUCACUCGUAAGUUUCUUAAGUUUAGUAAUGACGAGAUCCCUCCUCUCCCUGACUUUUCAAAGAACCCUCAAUUGUUUGAAAAUUAUAUUGGAAUACUAAGUCAUACAAAGUUCAAUUUUCGUUCAUCUUCCAAACUAAAUGGUAUUGUGCGUAAGAUGCUGCGGCACCUACUUCAUCCAACCAAUAAGACGACUCUGCCGUUGCGUUCUGCUCAAGUUUAUAAUGACUCAAUAUACUUUUUCAGUGAGCACUUCGACUUUGCGUCUUGUAGAGAAAUAUUUGCACAAAUGAAGGCUGAGGGGACUAAACCAAAUACAAUCACUUUUAAUCUUUUACUGCGUAAUGUAGUGAAAAACUCGCAUAUUAGAAAAACGAAGCACCCUGACGAUGAGGUCCUUUUUUAUCUUAGAAGUAUGCGUAAUCAUGGAGUUUUUGCAGAUGUAAUAACUUGGACGACAUGUUAUAACUUUCUUCGUGAUGAAGUUUCGAGACAAUUGUACAUUGUUCAAAUGGGUGAACAUUUAGGAAAUUUUAACGUAAAUUUUGUUUAUACUGUGCUAAGGAACGGAGAUUAUAGAGCAGAGGACUGUUUAAAAGUUUUAGCAGCAAAUUCACUACCGAUUUCCCGUAAGACGUUCUAUCUGUGCAUAGAACGACUACUAAACGAGGAACAACUUGAAACCGCAUCUAAAUUACUUGACUAUGGUUUUCAGCACUUGAAAAGUAAUUUUAAGUUGGACUCGGAGGCAAUGAAUCAUUUCAUGCGGGUAUUUGCUAAUAAGGGAAGAAGUGAUUUGGCAUUCCUUUGCUAUAAUACUUGUCGUAAGAUUUACAAAAUUAAACCUGAUUCUCAGACGUUCGAAAUGUUAUUUAAAGCGUUAGUUAGGAAUGGCAACACCAAGAAUUUUGGGGCAGUCCUACAGUAUAUCAAAGACUUAAAGGUUAGUGAAGGAUUUGGAUUGCGGACAAGUUAUUGGAGAACCAAAGCAGACUCAAUUUUCAAAUUUGGUAGUCCUAAUACGCUAUCAGAAAAGUCAAUUGAAAAAGCAAGAAAAUUGUUGGGCAACCUGAUUGCUUCCGAGGGUGAGUUCUCUUGGAAAAUUUGGAAAGAAAGUGAUUCUUCACAAAAAAAAAUACUACGUUUUUUGGGUUGUAUCCCCACUACUUUACGCUGCACCAAUACAGCACAAGAUCAUCAGAAGCCCACAAACCUACCCUCAAACAUUUCCCAGAAAAAAAGAGAAUAUCGAAAUCGGGUUAAAGCAAUAGCCACAAAGGCUGCUUUGGAAAAAAGAAUGGCGUAUAUCAAAGACAAUGAUGUAGCUUUCAAAAAAGAGCUAGUAAAGAGGAGAAUAGUUGGGGAGGUUUGA